CCUGGGCAAGCUGGCCUCUAGAGCUCACCAAACCCCCCAGGGCCAGAUGGGGGCCAUCUGCUCUCUUCCGUCUCGGCACCUAGUCUGUCUGCCUCAGCUACCAAAUGUGUUAAACCUUGGUCUGUAGCUGCAAGAUUGGGUGACACACAGGUGAGCUCGGCGGGAGCAAGUGGCGUCCUUCGUCAGGACUCCCUCCUGGCAUCACCUGUGUCCCUGGACUAGAGGGGGCCCCGCCAGGUGACCCGCUUCGAGCCCCGCGGGGUGGAGCUCCCAGCCAGGAGAGCUCAGGGCUCUGGGUGCAAACUCUGUCCUGUGACUCUUGUCUUUUCUAGGACCUUACACUUAGACAGAGAGAAAGAAAAAGAAGCUCACGUCCCUACUUCCCGGAACUGACUGGUUGCUUUUUCCACUCAGUGUCUGAUGUCUGUUGUCACUCCACGUUGACCCGCAUGGACUGGCCAGGCUGCCGGAGAACAUGGUGGACUACCUGGCCAACACGGAGAUCAACAGCCAGCGCAUCGCGGCCGUCGAGAGCUGCUUCGGGGCGUCGGGGCAGCCGCUGGCCCUGCCAGGCCGCGUGCUGCUGGGCGAGGGCGUGCUGACCAAGGAGUGCCGCAAGAAGGCCAAGCCGCGCAUCUUCUUCCUCUUCAACGACAUCCUGGUGUACGGCAGCAUCGUGCUCCACAAGCGCAAGUACCGCAGCCAGCACAUCAUCCCGUUGGAGGAGGUGACGCUCGAGCCGCUGCCCGAGACCGCGCGGGCCAAGAACCGCUGGAUGAUCCGCACGGCCAAGAAGUCCUUCGUGGUGUCAGCCGCCUCCAGCACGGAGCGCCAGGAGUGGAUCAGCCACAUCGAGGAGUGUGUGCGGCGGCAGCUGCUGGCCACGGGCCGCCAGCCCAGCACGGAGCACGCGGCGCCCUGGAUCCCCGACCAGGCCACGGACAUCUGCAUGCGCUGCACGCAGACGCGCUUCUCGGCCCUCACGCGGCGUCACCACUGCCGCAAGUGCGGCUUCGUGGUCUGUGCCGAGUGCUCCCGGGAGCGCUUCCUCCUGCCGCGCCUGUCGCCCAAGCCCCUGCGCGUCUGCAGCCUCUGCUACCGCCAGCUGGCCGCCCGCAAGCGGGAGGAGGACGAGCCGCGCGCCGGGGCCCCCGGGCAGCCGGCCCACGCGGCCGGGGCGGGCUGCGGAGCGUCCAGCGGGGACGAGGAGGACUCUGACGAGGACAAGGAGGGCAGUGGCGCCGGCGACUGGCCCAGCCGUGUGGAGUUCUACGCCUCGGGCGCCUCCUGGUCCGCCUUCCACAGCUGACCAGGAUCUGCGGCCGUGCGGGAGGGGCUCCCGGUCCCUCCUGCAUCCGAUCCGAGCAGACUCCAUCGCCGGGCCCUGAGAGAGCACAGCUCCCGCGCUGCACCCCGCCCCCAGGACCCUGCCCCACGGGGGGCAGGCGCAGUGCCAACGGCUCUUUCUCUCCAGACCCCAGUGCCUUUGUGCUGGACAUUGGCAUCCUUCUUUUCCACAUCAGGUAAUUCUCUGUCCACUUAGCGAACUCAAAACACUUGGGCCUCUUAGGAACAAAUAAAUGCCUUUUCUCAGACCUAAGAGCUGUGGUCCCAGAUGAUGACUUGAGCUAGACAACCCCAGGCACCUUUCGGGACCAGAGGGCAGAUAGGACUGGAGUGAGGUCCCCUGAGGCCGUGCACCCAGCACCUGCCCCCCAGACAAGCACACCCCCAGGGAAGACUGGGAGGGCUGGAAACCAGGUCUGCCCAGGCACCUUGCUGACGCCCACCUGCCUGGCUGGCUGGACCUUCUCAGGCCAGGCAUGUGAGCUCACCUUGAGCCAGACUAGAGUCUGCCGUGCCAUGGGUACCCGCCAGGCAUGGGACUGCGGCCUGGCUCCCCGGGGACCAGGGCACGUGCCCGGGCCCCUGGCCCCAUCUCCCCUCACUCCAGAUGUCCAGGUGUCUGAUGCCCCUUGGUCCUGUCCUCGUCUCUCCCUGUGGCUGGGGAAAGCGGUGUUUUCUGUUAGGACCCUUCAUUGCAAGUGACAGAACCCCUACCCAGACUGAUUUAACAAUAAAAAGAACGUUUAUUAACUCA